AUGGUGAAGUGGAGAACCGUCCAGAAAAGGAAGGAGAAAUUCUAUCAGCAGAAUCUAGAGUUGCUAAGAAAAGAACAAUCUUCUUCUUCGGAUGUGGCUCUGAUCGAAAGGAUGAAGAUCUAUGAGCUAGAGGAGUUGGAAAAGGCCACCAAUCAUUUCGACAAAACCCGAAUCAUCGGCGGCGGAGGCCAUGGGCACGUCUAUAAAGGAAUCCUGUCCGACCAACGUGUGGUUGCCAUUAAAAUGCCCAAUAUAAGCAAUCAAGUUGAGCUUGCCCAAUUCAUCAAUGAAGUCUUCAUCCUUUCUCAGACCAACCACAGGAAUGUGGUUAAGUUAUUCGGGUGCUGCCUACAGACCCAAGUCCCUUUGCUAGUUUUCGAGUUCAUCUCCGGUGGUACGCUCUCCGAUCAUCUCCUCGCUGGCAAAGGGGUCUCCCCUCUGUCGUUCGAAGACCGUUUAAGGAUUGCCACAGAAGUAGCAAAAGCACUGUCCUAUCUCCACACCGAAGCUUCCGUAACCAUUUUCCACAGAGAUAUCAAGUCGUCCAACGUACUACUCGACGAGAGGAACACCGCAAAACUAGCGGACUUCGGUGCUUCCAGGUCUGUUUCCUUCGAGCAAACUUCGGUAGCUACCGCUGUUCAAGGAACACUUGGGUACCUAGAUCCUGAGUACCAACAAACAGGAAGACUAAAUGAGAAAAGCGAUGUGUAUAGCUUCGGAGUCAUUCUGGCAGAGUUGCUGACAGGCCACCUUGCCAUUCCUCGCCAGGAGAACAAUGUGGUGAGAUAUCUAGUCAUGGAUUUCCUAGUUGCACUCAAAGAGAAUUCGCUAUUUAAGGUUCUAGAUCCUCUGGUUCUCAACGAGGGGAGCCACGAGGCAGUUGAAAGGAUCGCAAGGCUGGCGGAGACGUGUCUCAAACUGAGCGGUAAUGACAGGCCAACGAUGAGAGAGGUGGAGGAUGAGCUCGAAGCCAUAAGAUCUAAGAAGGCACAAGCUGAUGAUACCAUGGUUUCGGUGAAUAGUGGACGUUCCAGUGUCGGAGGAGGCGCUGCAUCAUCCGAAAUUAGUCGAAGAAUUAGAACGGGAAAAUAUAGAUCCGAAAGACAGUUCUCAAAUGAUGAUGGCAUAGAUCUUGGGAAUCCUGGGAUCACAAGCCGUCUCGGGAGCACAACAUCAUCCGAAGCAAGUGGGAGGAGUUCAACGACGCAGUAUAGCAUGGAGAUGGAAGUUAAAGAGAAUAUGUGA